AUGACCUCCUCAAGUGAACCAAAGCCCGGCUUCUCAAGCCCUGACUUCAGCUGGGACAUUUACAUCAAAUACAGACCAGCCUAUCCCAGAUCUUUCUGGGAUUGCAUCUAUAACUACCACGACUCCCACUCGGGUCAAUAUGGGGUCGCACAUGAUGUUGGAUCAGGUGCUGGUAUAGCAUCACACGACCUGGCUCGAAAGUUUCGGCACGUUAUCGUCUCAGACCCAAACGACAAUUACACAAACAUCGCAUCCGAGCGCCUGAUUUCUCAGUAUGGGCAUCCCAAAGAAAAGUUUACUUUCUUACAAGAGAAAGGAGAGAAAAGUAGUGUAAAGAAUGCGACAGUGGAUCUGCUUGUUGUUUGUGAAGCAAUCCACUGGAUGGAUGUUGAUUUGGCCAUGGAAGAAUUCGCGAGACAACUAAAGCCUGGCGGAACACUUGCGAUCUCGCAUUACGGUCGACCCAUUAUGAUUGAUAAUCCUCGAGCACAGAGUAUCUGGGAUCGUAUCUUCGAUAUAUGGGUAGAAAGGAAUUUCUAUCGGGAUGAAGUUCAUACGAGGACCGUCAAAAAUGGGGACACUGGGCUUGAUGUCGUUCAGUUUUCUCCUGAACAUUGGAAAGAGGGUGUGAAGCGGAUUUGGAUCAAUACUGGAGGACAAGAGGAUGCCUUUUCAAUGAGUGUAAGACAUACCGAUCCAUUUCCAAGUCGGGUAGGAGCGGGGGAGGUCAAAGUUUUGAUUGAGAACGACGGGGAUUGGAUGGACGAAGGAGACCUACAGUGGUUGAAGGGGCUGUUCGCUACUUUCAUCCCAGCGAUUCCAGAAGAGAAGAUCAAUGAUCUCUGGGAUGAGAUGGAUGAUGCAGUUGGGAAGGGAAACAAAAUCAGGUUUACUUGGCCAGUCGUGCAGUUGUUGGCAACGAAGCGAUGCUAG